CGGCUAGGGCCGGGACCUCGGGCGGUGACAGUGACACAGUAGUGACGCGUGAAGCUGCAGGAGCGAGCCUGGUGCGGACGCCGAGGCUCUCAGGUUAUUCCGGGCUGUCCCCCGGCUCCUCCCGCCUGGCGGGCAGUGUUGCCCAUUGGUUAAGAGCACCCCCGCCGGCGAGGUCUCCGGGACCAGAAACUGGAGCCGAGCAGCCAUGGCCUAUCACAGCUUCCUGGUGGAGCCCAUCAGCUGCCACGCCUGGAACAAGGACCGCACCCAGAUCGCCAUCUGCCCCAACAACCACGAGGUGCACAUCUAUGAGAAGAGCGGGAACAAGUGGGUCCAGGUGCACGAGCUCAAGGAGCACAACGGGCAGGUGACAGGCAUCGACUGGGCCCCCGAGAGCAACCGCAUCGUAACGUGCGGCACAGACCGCAACGCCUACGUGUGGACGCUGAAAGGCCGCACGUGGAAGCCCACGCUCGUCAUCCUGCGCAUCAACCGCGCCGCUCGCUGUGUGCGCUGGGCUCCGCAGGAGAACAAGUUCGCUGUGGGCAGUGGCUCCCGUGUCAUCUCCAUCUGCUAUUUUGAGCAGGAAAACGACUGGUGGGUUUGCAAGCACAUCAAGAAGCCCAUUCGCUCCACCAUCCUCAGCCUGGACUGGCACCCCAACAACGUGCUCCUGGCCGCCGGCUCCUGCGACUUCAAGUGCCGGAUCUUCUCAGCCUACAUCAAGGAGGUGGAGGAGCGGCCAGCACCCACCCCCUGGGGCUCCAAGAUGCCCUUCGGGGAGCUGAUGUUUGAAUCCAGCAGUAGCUGCGGCUGGGUGCACGGUGUCUGCUUUUCAGCCAGCGGCAGCCGCGUGGCCUGGGUCAGCCACGACAGCACCGUGUGCCUGGCUGAUGCCGACAAGAAGAUGGCCGUCGCGACUCUGGCCUCUGAAACGCUGCCGUUGCUGGCCCUGACCUUCAUCACAGAAAACAGCCUGGUGGCAGCGGGCCACGACUGCUUCCCGGUGCUGUUCACGUAUGACGGUGCCGCGGGGACGCUGAGCUUCGGUGGGCGGCUGGACGUGCCCAAGCAAAGCUCGCAGCGCGGCUUGACGGCCCGCGAGCGCUUCCAGAACCUCGACAAGAAGGCGAGCUCGGAGGGCAGCGCGGCGGCGAGCGGGGGCCUGGACUCGCUGCACAAGAACAGCGUCAGCCAGAUCUCGGUGCUCAGCGGGGGAAAGGCCAAGUGCUCGCAGUUCUGCACUACAGGCAUGGACGGCGGCAUGAGCAUCUGGGACGUGAAGCAAACCCCAGUGAGUGUGCCUCUAAGACAUGGCUUGAAUCUGCCCGCUCCUCUGCACUGCCAUUGCCAGCAGCCUAACGCAGCCACAAUUUCUCAUCUGGAUACCUGCUGCUGUCUCCCGGCUUCCACCCUCAACACCCUACAACUCGCUUGGCAGAGGAGCCAAAACAAUCUUUUAAAAGCAAAUCUGGGGGCUUCCCUGGUGGUGCAGUGGUUAAGCAUCGCCUGCCAAUGCAGGGGUUUGAGCCCUGGUCUGGGAAGAUCCCACAUGGCGCGGAGCAACUAAGCCCGUGCGCCACAACUACUGAGCCUGCGCUCUAGAGCCCGCGAGCCACAACUACUGAGCCUGUGUGCCUAGAGCCCGUGCUCCGCAACAAGAGAAGCCACC